AUGGAGGUUCAUAGUGAAAUUUUGAGUAAACAUAAAAUAAUCAAAAAUGAAGGGAUGAAGUUAAAGCAAAGUUUAGAAGAACUUGAUCUAAAUACCUCCGAUAAUACUUUAGGUGAAGGUGCUAUCAAUCAUGAAGAUGCAAAUAUUUCUAAAAUAAAUAUUGCCAACUCUUUAAAUCUUUCCUCAUUAAAUAACAGAACAGAGCCUGUUUGUAGGACACAAAGCUUACUUGAUAACAGAUUAGAAAAUCAUCAAUCACUAGUAGCUGAGUCUAAUUUGAAUAAAAUUGAUAUUAAAAUUUAUUCUAAAAAAAAAAUAACUUCAUCAUUAUUAAACAUCUUAAGAAAUCACGCAAUUGAAACUUGUUCUUCUGAGAGCAACAAGAAUAUAACAUACUUUUAUACCUUAUUUCAAGAUUGUAUUUCAAAUUACAUAAUUGAAGGAUUUGGAGGCCUUGUAGUUGACUCAUUGAUUGAUAUUUUGCUUCCUGCUAGUAAUUUAUUUUCUGAAAUGGAAUUAGAAUGCGACUUUCAAAAUUAUUAUCUCAUACCAUCAAUAUUGUAUUAUUAUUUAGUUGGUAUGAAUCCAGGUAAUAUGCUUUCAUCUGAAAAACCCUUUUUAAGUAUAAAUUCAGGUAACGAAGUAGGCUCAUUUUUGUUACCAAUUUCAAGAGCCGUUUCAGAAGUUGACUAUUCUUGGUUAACAAGGAAAAAUUAUUUUGACUUGAGUGAACAAUUGAACAAUAAAAUCAGAGAUUCUAAACCGGAAAAUACCAAAGAAGUGAUAAAUAUUUUUAAAAAAGAACAGAUUCCAAAUUUGGUGAAUAAGAUAAUCAGCAAUUUAAAAAAUAUUUGCAUUAUUGCUAGACGAAAUGAUAUCAUAUAUCAACCAUCAUUUGAAAUUUUGUACGAAAGAAGUCCAUUUGUUUGUGAGAAUAACCAAAAUCCGUUUUUUAUAGGCAGGCUAUUAGAAAUUUGUCUUUCAAAAUUUCAAAAAGAAUUUACUUCUAUGUUUCUCCAAUUAGAUGGGCCUUUAAUAAUUAUCCCGUUUAUUUAUUACUCCUCAAUGCAGGAUUUUUUUUUAAGGUUUUUUGGGUUUAUUGGGAAUAAUUGCAGACUAGAACCUAAAUAUAGUGAAUUCUCGAAUUCAUUAUUAGAUUUUGAGUAUUUGGAAUCAAAUCAAGAAAGUUUGAUUGGCGAAUUUGAUACAAAUAAACCAACCAUUCUAGAACAAUUUUUGAAUGUUGGAAUUCCCCCUAUUUUAUAUGAAUGGGUAAUGGAAUCAAACUUUAUUCAAAAUUUUCUCUCUCCUCUUUCUGAUAUUAUUAAUUAUAGCAAAGAAGAGUUUGUUGGUGAACCCGAAUCUGAAUUUAAAAAAACUGAUAUUAUUAAUGCAGCUUCAGGAGUUAUUGAGGUUAUUUUUAGAUUGGUUGAAUAUAUGAAGCCAGAGCAUACUGGAUUGCCUUUAAAUAUGACUAGUAUCGGAUUAAAGUGGUUUACGUUUGCUAGUGAAUUAAAUGAUCAAACAAAUUUUUACCAACAAAAUGAAAUAAAUGAGAAUUUGCAUUUUUCAUGCGAGAUACAGCGUGAAAUUUCCAAUAAAGAUAAAUUUGUUUAUCCUGAAGAUUCUGUGGUAGAAAGUAGUCAAUUAAAUAAUUCAGGCAUUAAAACUUCUCAAACUUUUGGAGAAAAAAAUUUAGAGUUUGAAAAUUCAGGAAAAAUAUUUAAUUCAAAUAAGAUAUUCAAUAGUGAAGUGAAUUGUUUUGGAAAAAAUAAAGAUGAUAAUGGCUAUUAUGGAACUCAAAUUGAAAAUUACUUGUCAUUAGUGGCAAGUGGUGAUGGAGCAAUGAUUAGAAAUCUGUCUGUUUAUCAAAUUUUGGAAAAGUCAAUGUGGUUUUUAAACGGCCUUAUUGUUGAUUCACCUAUGUUAAAUUUAAUUUGCGAAUUGUCAAUUCACAAUUUCAAGGACACAAUAAAUGAAAAAAUAUACAUAUUAAAAUUGAGAUCUCUCAAUAUAUUGGAAGAAAUAUUAAAUCUUGCUUUUUCAAAGAACAUUAAUAUCAUCGCAUAUUUUAAAACAAAAAUUUUAAGUAUUAUUAAACCAUAUUUAAGCAAGUUUUGCGAGUUCAUAAUCUCAAAAUUUGAAAUCAGCUCUUAUAAGAAUGGAACGGGUUAUAUGGUAUCAUUGCUAACGAUAAUUAAAGUAAUAUUACUUCAUGAUGAAAACCAUGAAUUAAUUGACAAUUUGAAAACUGAAUUUUGGACAUGGCUUUUAGAUUUGUUAAUAAAAAGGAGAGAAAACAGCCACAUAUCAGUUCACUGUAAAACAAUUUUUGAACUAGGACUUAGAUUUGGGUCAUGCUCAACACUGGAAAAUUUAUUUAAUAAUGUUAAGUUGGUUGAUAAACUAUCAAAGUUUAUUUACGACGGGACAGAUCUUGAUGGUAAUUGUAUAGAAGAAAAGGAGCUUGUAAAUAAGAAGACAGGUAAAAGAAUAAGAAGAGUUUUUGGCCCAAUCUGCAAUUUAUUUAUGGUUUUGGGGAAACAUUAUGACGAUUUCCUGAAAAUGAUCGUUCCGUCAAAUCCUAAAACUCACGAAAUAAUUAAAAAUAUUAUAUUUUUACAACUGAAUAAAUAUAAUAAAAUAGAUGAUGAUACAAUGGAAUUUAUAAGCUUUGUGAUCAAAAAUGAAUUUGAAAUCAAUUGUUUAUUACAAAAAAACGAAAAAUUCAAAUUUGAAAGUUCAAUUAAUAUGGAACCACAGAAAAUAAUAUUUUUAUUGGCAAACCUGUCAUGUAGUACCAAAUUUCACGAAUUUAUAAAAAAUUACCAAAAUUCAUGUAAGAGCAGCAAUUUUCAAGAUUCUUUUUCAAGAACUAAAGAUUUAGAUACUGAAUUUACUAAGAAUAUAGAAAAUUCUCCACAAUCCCCUAAUUCCACUAAACACAAAAGAUGCACGAACUUAGAAGAUUCUUCAAGUGUUAGCGAGAUCAACGUUACAAACGCACAUUUUUUAUCAACAAAUUUUAAAAAUUACUUUUCUGGAGGUAUCAUUGAUUUAUUUAAAUGCAACGAAAAUUGCGAAUGCCCAGGAUGGUCAUUUUCUAACGUUCUCAACAAGUUGACUACCGAGAAAAAUUGUUUCAAUGGGAUUUCUGUUUUCCCUGUUCUUCCACUUGAAGAAAGUAGGAAAAUUAGAGAAACUCGUAAGAGACAAAUGAAAUUGUAUUCUUCAAUCCAAAAAAGCGACUGA